AUGCAAGCUGCAAAGUUUUGUGGCCGAUUGAUUCGACUGAGCACUUUUAACUCGAAUGGCAUCGGAUCGACUAGAGAGAUUUUUGCUGUGCGCCAACUAAACAGCACGCAGCGUUCGCUGUCGUCUCAAAGCAGCGCGGGAGCCUGCGUCAACAUUGGUAUUGUCGGGGCCGGGCGUAUCGGCCAGGUGCACGCAGAGACGCUCUCGCGUCUGCCAAACGCCCGGGCUGUGCACAUCGUUGACACUAUAGAGAAAGCAGCCCAGUCCGCUGCCACUAAGUUCGGAAUACCACGAGUAUCGACGCGAUUUGAGGAUCUUGUAGAGAACAAGGACAUACACGCCGUGUUCAUAUGUUCGCCGUCAACGCUCCACGCAGCGCAGAUCAAAGCAUGUUGCGCUGCAGGAAAGCAUAUAUUCUGUGAGAAGCCGCUUGCAAUCACCUUAGCUGAGGCGGAUGAAGUCAUUCAGACAGUAGAGCGCAGCGGCGUCAAGAUGAUGCUCGCAUUCCAGCGUCGUUUUGAUCCGUUUUUCGCGAGUGCCCAGGCGGCAGUCGCUCGCGGAGAUAUCGGCGAGCCGUUCACCUUCAAGCUCACAUCGCGGGACCCAGCACCGCCGCCUAUUGAGUACCUGAAAAUGUCCGGUGGGCAGGCGAAUGAUCAAGCGAUCCACGACUUUGACGUUGCUCGCUUUCUCAUGAACGGGGCGGAAUGCACGGAGGUUUACACGGUAGGGGCGUGUCGGGUGGAUCCGCGCAUUGCCCAGGAGGCUGGCGAUACCGACGUCAUGGUCGUUUUGCUGAGGUUCGAUAACGGUGCUUUCGGAACGGUGGAAGUGUCUAGGUUAUGCAGCUUCGGAUACGAUCAGCGCGUGGAGGUUUUUGGCAGCAAAGGCCAAGUAUCCUUUGGAAACGCGUAUCCGAAUGAUGUGAUGCUAGAGGACAAAAGCAGCGUGCGUCGUGCGGCAAUGCCGUAUUCGUUCUUCAUGGAUCGUUACGAGAGAGCCUAUCGCAACGAAGUCUCAGUUUUUGUGGACUGCCUGCUGAACAACAAACCGAUGCCGACCAGUGGCCGCGACGGUCGCGCAGCAAUGGUUAUCGCACGGGCAGCGAAGAAGAGCCUUGAUGAAGGCCGUCCCGUGAAAACCAGCGAGAUUAAAGCCUAG